CGUAACGACGCUCCACCACCUUCCUCUCUCUCCUCUCCCCCCGAAUACCCACUUCCGUAGACAAACCCAGUCAUGGCUCCUGCAACGCAAUUUUCGUGCUAACAGUUGCUGUCCCAACAGCGCGCGCAAGAGACCCAUUUCUUGUACCUAUCGAACCCUCUGUGUGUGUCUCUCUCACUGUGUGUCUUCGCCGACACAUCAAUUUCAUCGAUAUCACGGCGGUGGAAGUUUUUUCCUUUUGUUGCUGCGUGGCUCCAUCGAAUUCGAGCUCGGUGGGAGGAUGAGAUCGGGCAAAGGAAGCCAGGAGUACGAAGAGUACGAGGAGGAAGAUCUCAAUUUCAAGAAAGAUGGCCCGUCCUCGAACGUUUCGAACAGUAGCAACAGUGCGAAUCCCAAAGAUAAGAGCAGCGAUAAAGCAAAUGCCAUAAGAUCGAAGCAUUCGGUCACAGAGCAACGGAGGAGGAGCAAAAUCAAUGAGAGAUUUCAGAUAUUGAGAGAUCUCAUACCCCAUAGUGACCAAAAGAGAGAUACAGCAUCUUUUUUGUUAGAGGUAAUUGAAUACGUCCGCUAUUUACAGGAAAAGGUACAUAAGUAUGAAGACUCCUACCAGGGUUGGAGUUCAGAGCCCACCAAGUUGAUGCCGUGGAGGAAUAGCCAUUGGCGUGUUCAAAGUGUUGUCAGCCCACCUCAAGCCAUGAAAAAUGGUUCUGGUCCUGUGUCGUCUUAUCCUGGAAAGUUGGAGGAAACUGGCACUGGCACAACCUCAAACAUGCUUGCAAGCUCACAGAAUACAUCAGAAAUUGAUCCUGGAAGAGAUCUCACAAGCAAAUUCAUGGUUCAGCAAUCAGAGGUAGCUAAACAGGCAAUGCACGUCGCCGUUCCUGUACCUGUCUCAGUCGGAAGUGAUGAUUUGAUUUCCAAUCAUCUUCAGAGACCGUUUCCAGAUGCUCAACCGACGGAGUGCACUGCAGACACGGCACCUGAUCAGCACGAAGAUCUGACUAUUGAAGGGGGAACAAUCAGCAUUUCAAGUGUUUACUCUCAAGGGUUAUUAAAUUCACUGACAAAUGCACUACAAACCGCCGGUGUGGAUCUAUCACAGGCCAGAAUCUCAGUCCAGAUUGACCUUGGAAAGCGGGCGGAUAGAGGAGCGCUUGUGACUGGAACUUCCAUUCCCAUGGAUCACGGUAGUCCCAAUCCUGGCAAUUCAACAAUGGCCCAUGUUGCAGAUGCAAGAGGUGAAGAAGCGUCGGAUCAGGCGCAGAAGCGCCAGAAGACAUGAUAAGUUAGAUAUUCCUUCCAUCCAUUUUUACUACUUUACUUUGUUUCCAUUUGACCUCUUCUCUCUCUCUCUCUCUCUGGCUCUUGUUUUUCUUUUCCCCCUUCCUUUCUUUCUUUCUUCUAGGGGGGAGGAUACCGUAUUGUCAUCUCUUGUGGAUAUUCUUGAUCUGAUAUGGCAUCGGAUCCUCACUGUUUGAUGUGGCUAAUGGUUCAGAGAUAAUUCCAUGAUGUGUGCUA